CGCAGCCGGAGUCCGGGACUGUCCUCGGGGACCGUGCGGCCGCGGGCCCUCGCCAUGGCGGCGCCGUCGCGGCUCCUGAUCCGCGGGGGCCGCGUGGUCAACGCCGACUGGUCGCAGGAGGCGGACGUGCUGGUGGAGGACGGCGUGGUGCGCGCGCUCGGGCGCGACCUGCCGCCGCCGGGGGGCGCCCCCGCCGGGCUGCGGGUCCUCGACGCCGCCGGCAAGCUCGUCCUGCCCGGCGGCAUCGACACGCACACGCACAUGCAGUUCCCCUUCAUGGGCUUACGAUCCGUCGACGACUUCCACACGGGCACCAAGGCUGCCCUGGCAGGAGGCACCACCAUGAUCAUCGAUUUUGCCAUCCCUCAUAAAGGCGGCUCCCUCCUCGAGGCCUUCGAGACCUGGCGAAGCUGGGCUGACCCCAAAGUCUGCUGCGACUACAGCCUUCAUGUGGCCGUGACGUGGUGGAGUGACCAGGUUAAAGAAGAAAUGAAAAUCCUGACCCGGGAUAAAGGUGUGAACUCUUUCAAGAUGUUUAUGGCCUAUAAAGAUCUGUACAUGGUGAGAGACGUGGAGCUGUACGCUGCCUUUUCUCAGUGCAAGGACAUCGGAGCAAUUGCUCUGGUCCAUGCGGAAAACGGAGACCUGAUUGCAGAGGGAGUGAAAAAGAUGUUGGCACUGGGGAUAACAGGCCCCGAGGGCCACGAGCUGUGCCGCCCGGAAGCGGUGGAGGCCGAGGCCACGCUGAGAGCCAUCACCAUAGCCAGCGCUGUGAACUGCCCUCUCUACAUCGUGCACGUGAUGAGCAAGUCUGCGGCAAAGGUGAUCGCCGAUGCGAGGAGAGAUGGGAAGGUGGUCUAUGGAGAGCCCAUAGCGGCAAGUCUCGGCACCGACGGCACUCACUACUGGAGUAAAGAAUGGCACCAUGCAGCCCACCACGUGAUGGGUCCACCCCUGCGCCCGGACCCUUCAACACCUGACUUCCUCAUGAAUCUAUUGGCUAACGAUGAUCUAACCACAACAGGGACUGAUCACUGCACUUUCAACACCUGCCAGAAAGCUGUUGGGAAGGAUGAUUUUACUAAGAUUCCCAACGGAGUGAAUGGUGUUGAAGACCGGAUGUCAGUAAUAUGGCAAAAAGGCGUGCAUAGUGGUAAAAUGGAUGAAAACCGAUUUGUGGCAGUCACCAGCACAAAUGCAGCUAAAAUCUUUAAUCUCUAUCCAAGAAAAGGAAAAAUAGCUGUGGGAUCAGAUGCUGACAUUGUGAUUUGGGACCCAAAAGCCACAAGGACUAUUUCCGCAAAAACGCAUCAUCAGGCUGUUAACUUCAACAUCUUUGAGGGCAUGGUUUGCCACGGGGUGCCCCUCGUGACUAUUUCCAGAGGCAAAGUGGUAUAUGAAGCUGGAGUUUUCAAUGUCACGGCAGGAGAUGGGAAGUUUAUUCCUCGCAAGCCAUUUGCUGAAUCUAUUUACAAGCGGAUCCAGCAGCAGGACCAGACUUGCACACCUACCCCCGUGGAGCGGGAGCCCUAUAAGGGAGAAGUCGUCACACUGAAAUCCAGAGGGACAAAAGAAGACUCCACAGCAGAGACCACGAAAUAGGCUCACUCCUGAGCUGGGUGCUGUUGUUGUCUUCUGGUCCAGAUGCCUACUUGACAGUGGCUUUGCUAUGACUGGAGCAUCUCUCUGACAUCACUUCCAUGACUUCAUUAAAUCUACGUUUUGCCAGUUUUGCAAUUUCACUAGACUCUAAAUUUUUUAAAAUUUGUGAUACGUUUCCAGAUGUUUCAACACAUAGCAUCUACAAAAGACUCGCACAAGAGGUUGACAUGAUGGAUGGGGAUAGGUGUUUGUGUUCAUUAGGGACACUGUUUGUCAGAGGACUAGUUUUAUACCCAGUUAGGCACUGCACACUUUCACAUUAUGAUAACCUGUGCUUCCCCGCAUAAACCCCGUGACUUGAAUAAUGAGGCCCCGUGUACUCACUGCUGUGCUCUCUUUCAUUGUUGAAUGUUGUGAGUCUUUAUCAAUGCUCUAGAGCCAAAAGUUUCAGCUUUUUUGUUAUUUCCUGACUAUUGGCAUUAUUCUUCCAAUCCGGGAAGAUCGUAUUAAAAAUUCAGAGGAAGAUUAGCAAGAGGAAGAAAUCUAUUGAAUGCUAUAACAUGCUAUUAACAGCGUUUGUAGGAGCAGGAUUAGUGUUUACUUUGAUUAUAGCAUUUCUUGGGGGUUAGACUUGAGUUCUGCAUCUCUUUGUGAGGGAGAACGUUAACGCUAAGUUCCUUUUAUUGUGUUCAAAGGUAAAAAUCAGAGAAAAGGAUGCUGCUGUUCCCAUCACAGUUAAAUGUCAUCAGCCCGUGGAGAAGCAGGCCUUAUUUCAACUCCCCAAGAUCCUUUUGAAAGAAUAAUCGCUCUAGGCCUCUUUGAUUUCCUUUCAGAAGCAAUUGCCGUCUUUCUCACUGUGACUUUGUUGCUGUGUAAGAUUGAAGAUAUAAAUGAAUAUUAUUGUGAUGGAAGGGCUGUGUGAAAAUUCAUUGAUGAUACUUUAAAAAGUCAUCUGGGCUUGUACUAGAUUUCUUACUUUGAGUUUUUAAAAAUCACUUCCUUGUUUAAAGUUUUUUUAAUGGCUGCAUGUGUUUAAAAAUAGCUAACUCUGUGAUUUUACAUUCCAUUAUAAUUCAUAAACAUUUAGAUCUUCAUAUGAUUAAUAAAUAUUUAGAUUUC